AUGCGUUUUUCCAUCACCACCGUUUGCGCCACCCUCCUUACUUUGGCCGCCGCCCAGGGCGCCACCGUCACUCUGCCCGCCGGCGUCACCCUCCCUGCAGGCAUCACGCUCCCGUCCGGCGUGACCGUGGUCCAGACCUCUAACACCGCCGAGCCCGAGGCCGCCAAUCAGCGCAAGCGUGUCCGCCAGUUCGACAACAACAACAACGCCGUCAGCGCCUUCUCCGGGUUCUCGACCUCCAUCGGCCGCCGCCAGACCCGGACCGCCUCCGCCGGAUCCCGCCCUACCCGUCCGGCUGGUCUAGGCCAGUUCUAAAGACCGUGCCGGAUACACGCUAGAUUCCCUGCAGAUGAUGACGACAAAAAGUCUCAGCCGAGGGAUAUUAUCCGAGCUUGCGAUCACGCAUAACGAGCAUGGAUAGCGGCGCCAGGUUGAAUUAGUGUUUUGUUGGAGAUUCAAGUUUGACACAUUCCUUGUUGAGAUUGGGAUAGGUUUUUGGGCAUUCAUUGGAUAGACUGGAUGGGGGAGUGCUUCCUGAGGUGGCAAUUCUGUGUUUCCUAUUGCGGCCC